UUCAGGUGCUGUUAUCAUGCUGACGGGCCGGCACCAGGGGUUCCUUCUCUUGGGUUUGUGUCUGAGCCUAUGUGGAUUCCUGGCUUCCUUGAAAGGCUGCACAGGCUGUGUGUCUGAAGAGAAGCUCUUCCACACACUGUUCGCUCGCUACAACCGAUUCAUCCGGCCGGUGGAAAACGUCUCUGAGCCUGUCACAGUGCAUUUUGAGUUGGCCAUCACACAGCUGGCCAAUGUGGAUGAAGUCAACCAGAUCAUGGAAACCAAUCUGUGGCUGCGUCACAUCUGGAAGGACUACAAAUUACGUUGGGAUCCAAGGGAAUAUGAUGGCAUCGAGACACUUCGUGUUCCAGCAGACAAGAUCUGGAAGCCAGACAUUGUUCUCUAUAACAAUGCGGUCGGUGACUUCCAAGUUGAAGGCAAGACCAAAGCUCUUGUGAAGUACGACGGCAUGAUAACCUGGACCCCACCAGCCAUCUUCAAGAGUUCUUGUCCCAUGGACAUCACCUUCUUCCCUUUUGAUCAUCAAAACUGUUCCCUGAAAUUUGGUUCCUGGACUUAUGACAAGGCUGAGAUUGACCUCCUGAUCAUCGGCUCUAAAGUGGACAUGAAAGAUUUUUGGGAAAACAGCCAAUGGGAAAUUGUCGAUGCCUCUGGCUACAAGCAUGAUAUCAAGUACAACUGUUGCGAAGAGAUUUACACAGACAUAACCUACUCUUUCUACAUCAGGAGACUGCCCAUGUUUUACACCAUUAACCUCAUCAUCCCCUGUCUCUUCCUCUCCUUUCUCACCGUGUUGGUCUUUUACCUCCCUUCGGAGUGUGGCGAAAAAGUGACUCUUUGCAUCUCUGUUCUGCUUUCUCUGACUGUCUUUUUGUUGGUGAUUACCGAGACUAUCCCAUCCACAUCUCUUGUGAUCCCACUUGUUGGUGAGUAUCUACUGUUCACUAUGAUCUUUGUCACCUUGUCCAUUGUGGUGACUGUGUUUGUGUUGAACAUACACUACCGCACCCCAGCAACGCAUACCAUGCCCAAGUGGGUGAAGACCAUUUUCCUUCAGGUUUUCCCCUCAAUUCUGAUGAUGAAGAGACCUCUGGACAAGACAAAGAAGGUGGGUGAUGUUAAAGACCCCAAAAACCUUCCUAAGAGAUCUACCAAGGUCAAGUUUGCUCAACGAAGAGAACCCAAACUUCUGAAGGAAGGCUGCCACUGUCAAAAGCCAAGAGAGAUGGCUCCUGGCAGGGGACGGUUAAGUCAGCAGCCUGCACCAUGGGAGACAGAGAGUUCAGAGCACUCACCAGACGUGGAAGAUGUGAUCGACAGUGUUCAGUUCAUAGCAGAAAACAUGAGGAGCCACAAUGAAACAAAGGAGGUAGAAGAUGACUGGAAAUACACGGCCAUGGUGGUGGACAGGAUCUUCCUCUGGGUGUUUAUAAUCGUCUGUGUGUUUGGAACUGUGGGGCUAUUUCUACAGCCACUGCUUGGGAACACAAGAAAGUCUUAAUCUUUAUUUUCCUUUUGCCUUCUGAGUCUUUUAGAUGAUGCGUUUGUUCUAAACUACUUACCACAAGAAAAGGCCAAGCACCCCGUCUCCUAAACUACUACAAGAAGGGAAAGGCAAACCAUAUUACAACCUUAAGAGCCUAGAUAGAUGUCUUCGUUGUGCUGGGUGUCCGUUAGAGCCUUUUACCACCAAAGCUGCAGUGCUCCCAGGCCAGAAGCACUGACUCAGUUUCCCAAUGCUGUGCACACUUUGUUUCCGGGAACAUGCAUGACCCUCACAGAGCUAGGCCCCGCAGCUAGCACCAGUCCACACUGAAAAGUGACUCUCUUGUAUCUAAAGCUCCUGUUGGUUGUUGCCAUGAUGCACAAGACUGGAGAAAAACUCUGGAAUACUGCUGACAUUCGCAACACCUGCCUACUCCUGUGCCCUACUGUCUUGUGCAUGUCUCUCUGACGGAGCUCACAAUUCUCCAGCACACACAUGGUUAAAGGAGAACAGAUGGUGUCUCCCUUAAUGGACUAGUCAAUCAGUUGUACUAUUGGCUUUCUGUCUGUGUGAAAUAUCACCUGAGAUAACCAAUGUGAAAGGAGGAAGUUGCUGUGAAUUCAUGGUUUCAGAAUGGUUUUAGUCCCUUAUCCCUGGACCCCACUGCCUCUGGACCUUGGGGAGGCAAAUCAUGACAGACAUGCCCAGUAGAGGGUAGCUGUCCACUUAAUGGUAGCUACCAAGAAAGCAAACAGAGAGGGAGAAUCUGGGGUGCUAAUAUUCCUUCCAAAGGCACACCCCAAUGACUUAACUUCUUCCCAGAGGGCCUCAUGUCCCAGAAUCUCCACAGUGCAGAGGACUAAGUCUUUAACACAUGUCCUUGGGGGUGAUCCAAAUCACAGUAGUAUGGUUCUGGCAGGACAGGUGACUGGAACCCAGCUCUGUGCUAGGUGCGACAAGGGUAACACAAAUAGAUUCUUUUCUUUGCAAAGUUACAGCCUUUUAGAAAAGUCAUACAUGACAAGAUCAACAGGAUCUGGUAAUGGAGAACAAAUUUACAGCAACCAAAAUGAAAGAACCUAACUGGGAAGUACCUACAAUCACUCUCGUAUUUCAAAUAGGUAUCUGUCUAGU